GGCCGCCAUGCUGCCAGUAUUAACCCUGUCAGUGCUGUAUAUUUUGACGUAGAGAUAAUUCAUCUGCUGCUCCAGUGACAUCUCUGUCUCCAUAGGCCCCCACAUCUUCUCAUCCUAACACCGACCCUGAGGGGAACUCCAGACCCCAGCCAUGAACGAGAACGAAGUGAUUGAGUACUUUAAGUGUCAGCUGAAGGAGGACCCCAACGUUGCCACGGCUGUUGCAGCAAUCAGAACCUUGCUGGAGUUUUUGAAAAAGGACAAAGGUGAAACUAUACAAGGUCUGAUUGGGAGUCUAAAAAAUUCAAUUGAAACCCUUUCUAAAGUGGAUUCAUCUGUGGCGGUCUCCUCUGGAGGGGAACUCUUUCUAAGGUUCAUCACACUCACUUCAGAGCUGGAGCAUUCUAAUUACACUAGAUGUAAAGAAAGGAUGAGUGAAAGAGGGGAGGUUUUUCUGAAAAGGAUCUCUCUGUCAAGGGACAAGAUCACCAAGCUAUGCUGUCCAUUUAUAAAAGAUGGAGCUAAAAUAUUAACCCAUGCUUACUCCAGGGUGGUCCUAAAGGUUUUGGAAGAAGCUGCAGCUGCAAACAAGCGUUUUAGUGUGUAUGUCACAGAAUCUCAGCCGGAUCUUGCAGGGAGAAAUAUGGCAAACGCUCUACAGAAUAUAAACGUUCCGGUAACUGUAAUCCUGGAUGCUGCAGUUGGUUAUAUCAUGGAGAAAGUUGACCUGGUGAUUGUAGGAGCUGAAGGUGUAGUGGAGAGUGGAGGAAUCAUUAACAAGAUUGGCACUAAUCAAAUGGCUGUAUGUGCAAAAGCUCAGAAUAAACCAUUCUAUGUGGUGGCAGAAAGCUUCAAGUUUGUACGGCUUUUCCCACUCAAUCAAAGAGAUGUACCAGACAAGUUUAAGUACAAAGCAGACACACAGCAGCAGAAGAAGGACCUCAGGAAAGAGCACCCUUGGAUUGACUACACUUCGCCUUCCCUAAUCACAUUGCUGUUUACAGACCUGGGAGUCCUGACUCCCUCUGCUAUAAGUGAUGAACUCAUCAAACUGUACUUAUAAUGUUCAAGUAAAGUGACCUAGGAGUUGUGUUGUAAAUAUAAGGUUAUUGUUACACAAA